AUGUCGGAUCUUAUAUCCGGCCUCACAAGCCUGACGAAGCAGAUUAGUAAUAAUAUUCCUUAUCAAAUCAAAAAACUUGGCGAAUCUGUUCACACUAUGGUUAUGAAUUAUACUGAAGCUGAAAAUCUUGUUUAUGAAGCAACUAAUGAGGAUCCAUGGGGUCCUACUGGCCCUCAAAUGAAGGAGAUUGCCAAUUAUACUUUCCAAUAUGAAGGUUUUCACCAGGUUAUGAAUCUGUUGUGGAAACGAAUGCUUGAAGAUAAUAAAAAUGCUUGGAGAAGGGUGUACAAGAGUCUCACCUUAUUGAAUCACUUACUACUUCAUGGUAGCGAAAGAGUUAUUGGAAGCGCUCGUGACCAUACAUUUCAAAUGAGAGCGCUGGAGCAGUAUAAAUAUGUUGAUGAUCACGGAAGGGAUCAGGGCUUGAAUGGCAAAAAUGAAGUUUGUAAAUUUUCAGUGCGCCAUAGGGUGAAAUUGAUUUUGGAUCUUGUCGGAGAUGACGAUAAACUCCGGGCGCAGAGGAGAAAGGUAAAAUCUGAUAACAAAGAUCGCUAUCAAGGAUAUACUUCCGAAGAUAUCCGCAUGGGACGCGGAGGUUCCUAUAGCAGUAAGUCAACUGCACGAAAUUUUUUGGGGCCAUAUUUGACGUCCUUUUUCUGCAGAGACGAUUACGCCGUCAAGGAGGUGAAUUCCUUCCAGUUUCCUGAAGAAUCUCGGAGGGGAUCCGUUUCUCCUGAGCUUGGAUUUCGACAAGACCCUACUCCUGAUGAUGAUUUUGGUGAUUUUGCUACGGCUAGAUCGAUACCACAGCAAAACACGGCCGCGCAGAGGACAGGUUAGUA